AUGAUAAUCCUCAUGAAGACGUCUGACAAAUUGAAAAAAAUGGAUAACUUACGACCUCCUAAAGGUACAUUGGAUUUAGGUCCACAGGAAUCAAUCAUUAAAAACAAAAUAAUUGACAUGUGUUUGAAAUACACAAUGGAUUGCCAAUCGAAACCCCAACAUUUGAACUACGGUGUAAUCUGCAGGAUAAGAAGUAUCAAAUCGGCAAUGUAUAUCGACGAGAUAAUCCAUCCAAAGGCCGACUACGAGAAUUCUCACAAGCUGAUUUCGACAUCAGUGGAGAUAAUCUGA